UGCCAAUACAAUAUCAACAUUCACAACAAACAUCGAUAUCUGCAUACUAAGCCUCACAACGCUGCUUCAAUACCCGCGACUGAAUAACUGAGCCUGGAGCUCUCUAUAAUAACUUCGAUUUACCUGCCGAUGUGACUAGUUGACCGAAAGGUCCCUUCCGGCCCCUCCGGCUUCGACCGCACUCAGCCUGUCGAUAUGGUCGCGAUAUCAGGCUUUCGGAGUCUCUCGACUCCUGUGAAUCGAACUCGACGUCUUCCUAUGAUACUAGGAGGUGUUGCAUUCUUCAUUAUGUGUAUCAUCUAUCUCCUUCUCUCCAUCGCACCUUGUAUGGUGUAUGGGAAUUGCUACCGUGGUUAUUCGAGUGCUUACAGCUUCGAUGCUGACUUGGCUCACAACCCGACCUGGAUGGCCGAGAUUCCCGACGAUGUAUUCCUUUCGAGCCUUAGUAUACCGGGCACACAUGACACAAUGACCUACGAGAUAGGAACAGAGGUCCUGCAGUGUCAGAACUGGAACCUGACUACCCAGCUGGAGGCAGGUAUUCGUUACUUCGACAUCCGCGCUCGUGUGCGUGAUGACGAGUUGCAUAUUUACCAUGCUAAUGGCUACACCGGCUUCAGCUUCGAGGAUGUGGUUGGCUAUAUGAACGACUUCCUGGAUAGGAACCCUUCUGAGACGAUCAUCAUGCGCCUCAAGCAGGAAGGUAACGGCAUUGGAGACAACAACACUCUGUCAUUCGAAGCCGCCUUCAACAAAUACCCACUCGGAGAUCGACUGUACAACUACAGCGCUUCCGAACCUCUGCCAACUCUUGGUAGUCUUCGCUCCAAGAUCUUUGUUCUUCAGAACUUCCCAGCUUGGCGAGGAGGGCCAUAUGGUGUGAAGUGGGAAGGCCAUCAAAUGAUUCUAGAAGAUAAAUGGAUCAUUCCUGAUAUCUACCAUCUGUCGGAGAAGUGGACUGCGAUCCGCGAUGCUCUCGAACUCGCCGCAACAGCAGCUCUCGACAACAAAGUCCUCUAUUUGGCACAUAUUUCAGCCUCUGUCGGUGUCUUGCCCAUCGAGGCUGCGGCUGGACCUAUGAACCGAACUGUCACUGGCAUGAACGACAUGACUGGCCAAUGGAUUAAAGAUUUUGAAGACAACGAAGACACCACCAGGACUGGAAUCGUCAUCAUCGAUUUUCCCGGCAAGAAGUUCAUUGAUGCCAUUCUUCGAUGGAACAAGUCAUAUAGGAAGAAGCGGGCAUAAGCCCAAGCCGAUUAUUGGCUGUGCUCAAGCCCUCGCCUGGGACUAAGGCCUCAUGUCUUGAUACACCAGACACCUCAAAGCCCGGUCGUUGGUUAUUGUCAAGCUUUCCCAUCUGAGACUGACGUCUCACCCCUCACUCAUGGAAUCGAUACCCCACAGCAUUGUGUACCCUAGCUAGCUCUCUAAAUUACAAUCGUCAGCGUGGCUGAACAAAUAUCACUAACAGCAAAUAAAAAUUUUGUCAGAUGAAAAGAAUAUGCAUAUUCAAAUGAGGAUUAUCCAAUUUACCCCCCG